UCGAUGGAUUCGGAAUAAAUGUCUCGCUGUUAGUCGGGCCGCCAUUUUAGAUGGGCAGCGGAGCGGGCGGCUCUGAGUGAGGGACGAACUCUCUGAGCCGGGACGGCGACGGCACCCGGGAGUCGGACAGGUGUUGACGAAACCUCAUUUCUUCAAGGAUUUUAAGCUAAUAUCAUGGAUGAAGUGCUGUCAAAUUGAUGAAACAGUUUUGGACUUGGAGUGGGGAGACUAAAUCCCUGUUCAGUUUUUCGUCUUGAGAGAUCAGAACAGCUUUAUAACUUCACAACAGUCCUGUGAGGUUUUUGUUACUUAGACUGCUUCAAUGGAACACAUUCAUGGAGCUUGGAAGGCUCUUACCGAUGGAAUUGGAUUAAAGGAUUCUGUCUUCAAUGGAUCCAGCUGUAUUUCACCUACUAUUGUCCAGCAGUUCGGCUAUCAACGCAGAGCAUCUGAUGAUGGGAAACUUUCAGAUUCCUCCAAGACAAGCAAUACUAUUCGUGUUUUCUUGCCUAACAAGCAACGCACAGUGGUGAAUGUGCGUAAUGGAAUGACUCUUCAUGAUUGUCUCAUGAAAGCACUCAAAGUCAGAGGUUUGCAGCCUGAAUGUUGUGCUGUUUUUAGAUUACUUAGUGAACAUAAAGGUAAAAAAGCACGACUGGAUUGGAGUACAGAUGCUGCAUCAUUGAUCGGAGAGGAACUGCAAGUGGACUUCCUUGAUCAUGUUCCACUAACAACACACAACUUUGUACGGAAGACAUUUUUAAAACUUGCAUACUGUGACAUCUGCCAGAAGUUCUUACUAAAUGGAUUCCGGUGUCAAACCUGUGGUUAUAAAUUCCACGAACACUGCAGCACAAAAGUUCCAACCAUGUGUGUGGACUGGAGCAAUAUCCGGCAACUCUUAUUGUUCCCACAUUCAAAUGUUGGCGAUAGCGGUGUCCCUGCACUACCUUCCUUGACGACUCGGAGAAUUCGGGAGUCUGUGUCCCGGAUACCUGUUAAUUCUCAGCACAGAUAUUCUACGCCCCAUGCCUUCACAUUCAGCACAUCAAAUCCUCCAGAGUGCUCCCUUUCUCAAAGACAGAGAUCUACAUCAACCCCAAACGUCCACAUGGUCAGCACUACUAUGCCUGUGGAUAACCGGAUAAUUGAGAAUAACAGCCUGAAUGCUUCUCCCAGGUCCUGGUGCAGACGAUUCUGUUUAAGGGGAAGAGAUGCCAUACGUAGUCACAGUGAAUCUGCUUCACCAUCGGCUUUAUCUGGAAGCCCCAACAAUACAAGUCCAACAGGAUGGUCACAGCCCAAAACGCCAGUUCCAGCCCAAAGAGAGAGAGCUACAGGAUCUAAUUCACAAGAAAAAAAAAUUAGACCUCGUGGACAAAGAGAUUCAAGUUAUUAUUGGGAAAUAGAAGCAAGUGAAGUUAUGCUCUCUACCAGAGUAGGGUCAGGCUCUUUUGGGACUGUUUACAAGGGCAAGUGGCAUGGAGAUGUAGCAGUAAAGAUAUUAAAGGUUGUAGAUCCAACUCCAGAACAAUUUCAGGCCUUCCGAAAUGAAGUGGCUGUACUAAGGAAAACCCGGCAUGUCAAUAUUUUGCUGUUCAUGGGCUACAUGACUAAAGAUAAUUUGGCUAUUGUUACGCAGUGGUGUGAAGGAAGCAGUCUGUAUAAACACCUGCAUGUCCAGGAGACGAAGUUUCAGAUGUUACAACGUAUUGAUAUUGCAAGACAGACCGCGCAAGGAAUGGACUACUUGCAUGCGAAGAAUAUAAUACACAGAGACAUGAAAUCAAAUAAUAUAUUUCUUCAUGAAGACCGCACAGUGAAGAUUGGAGACUUUGGACUGGCAACAGUCAAAUCCAGAUGGAGUGGUUCUCAACAGGUGGAACAGCCCACAGGAUCUGUUCUCUGGAUGGCGCCAGAAGUGAUCCGAAUGCAAGAUAGCAAUCCAUUCAGUUUCCAGUCAGAUGUCUAUUCUUAUGGAAUAGUACUAUAUGAAUUGAUGACAGGAGAGCUACCCUAUUCCCAUAUUAACAAUAGAGACCAGAUCCAUAUCCAGUCCGCAGGAGCUUCCCAUCUGCCAAGCUGCUUCCAUAUCAUUUUCAUGGUUGGUCGUGGUUAUGCAUCACCGGACCUCAGUAAACUCUACAAAAACUGCCCCAAAGCUAUGAAGAGGCUUGUAGCAGAUUGUGUGAAGAAAGUUCGGGAAGAAAGGCCGCUCUUCCCACAGAUAUUGUCUUCCAUCGAAUUGCUGCAACAUUCUUUACCCAAAAUCAACCGAAGUGCUUCAGAACCUUCUUUGCAUCGCGCAACACACACACAGGACAUAAAUUCAUGCACACUGACAUCGACAAAGCUACCUGUAUUUUAGGAGAUCUGUGCGCCCUGCCCAUGAUUCUCUCCAGUAACAGUUAGAGCAGUUGCGCUUCGAAUGCCUCCGUCUACAGGAUUGUGGAGCCAGCGUGGGAUUCACCUGGAUGCCAGUUUUAAGAAUGAGCUGCUAUGAAUUUCUACCGUUCUAAUCCUACAGGGACAAAACUCCAUGUUGCCUUUUUCUACAGUUUAUCUUAUUGAAAUAGUUAACGGACUGUAUACAAGAAGUUCUAUUGCUAUUUUUUAUAGAUGCACUUGAGCCUUAUUUUUCCCCAUAUGCAAAACAAGAAAAAAAAAAAGGAUUACUUCUUUGGACGGUUUCAACUCUAUUGCAUUCUGCUGAAUAAACUGGUAUUUUUCUAUAGCAACAAUAAUGGUUUAGCAAUUGAAAAAAGUCAAUGCAAAUGGUGCUGUUCUUCUGCUGCCCUAAGACUUUGUGCCAUUCAAGCCGGAGGGGUUUUAAUGAAUAUGGCCACCCACAAAGAAGACUUAAGGGAAGACGGAAAUGCAAGUUCUGGAAAGUUUCUUCUACUAAGCAUUUUUCGAGAUUACAAAGUUUAAAGUUUCAUCAACACAUAGUUUUGCACAUAGGAAAAAUGCUCAUUUUAAGGCAAGAAAUAUAUUCUAGCUAGUACUGCUCAGAGAAGGAUGCUAGCACAAUCUUGCUACAAUCAUCUUAGAGUAACAUAAGAAGCUUAUUGGGUACUUCGGACUUGUUUCUUGCAGCACCCGGAGGGUCCAGCGAGAAACUAUAGUUUGUGGGAGAAGGAGAGGCAAAAUAAGUAAUGCUGUCAAUAUAUUUCUGCAAAAAGCAGCCUUUAGCCUGUUUUGAAACUUUUUUUUUCUGAGAUGCACUAUAAAGAAACUUGACAUAUACAGGUUUUUCCCUUGCUGAUUUGGGUUUUAAUUUUGUUUUUAUUGCUCCUGAGAGAAAAGCAUUUAUUGUAAACCCAGGUUCUUCUGAUUAUCUUAUUUUAAUAAAAUAAAUUAAAUUUAA